GCUCCAACAGCUGCACCUGUUUGUCUCUUCAGCCUCGUCGGGGGAGCCCGUGAACCGUAUUACUCUGCUCACUGCUCGCCCGCAUGAACAAGGCUGAACUUGAGCCGCCUCGCCAAUACUGACAGGUGCGACUCGAGCUGUAGGAAGCAGAGCAUUUACGGCGGAUGCAGCGUUGUCACAUCCGCGACAUCCACCUGAAUCACACCCACCGCAGCAUUCAGCAUUCACUCUCAACGCGGCUCGCUCACUUUAGAGCUGCUAGGCCUCCCAUUCAUUGAUUCAGUGCACUUCUUCCGCAGGACACAUCUUCACUUGGCUAGCAGGCAGACAGGCAGGCAAGACGGUGAUACAUACUUGACCACCAGCUCGCCUUGACCUUCACUCCUCCACACCUAACCGCGGUCUCCACUCGUCGACCGCCAGACAAAGCAAAGCAGAUUGAAGCCAGCUCAUCACACAAAGAAAGACAGCGACAGGCACAGAAAUAACAGGCGCGGUGGGAGCUGCCGAGCACAACACUCCAUCAUGGCAGCCACCACGGCCACUCAGACCGACUCGCUCGUGGAGCUGCCCAAACCACGAACCAAGCACGCGACCACGCUCCACGACUUGUCCGAUGAGCUUCUGGGUCUCAUCAUCGAGCGAGUGCCUCGCCCAUCAGACCUGAAGAAUGCCUGCCUCGUCUCCAAGAAAUUCCACUCCAUCGCCGUCCGCUCCCUCUACCGCAAUGUCGCCCUCGAUCUCGGCAGCGACCACGACACCCGCCUCUCAUCCUUCCUCAACCCACGCAACAUCGGCCUCCAGCACAUCCGCCAGCUCCGCCUCUACCUCGCCGAAUCCGCCGACCGCUGCAAUCAAGAACGACAAGCACAAUUUGCAACGCGGAUGAUACUAGAGUUCCUUCCCGAGGACGUGCUGGAGGAGUUCAGCUGGUGUCCCUGGAAGGCCUUCGCCGCGGAUACGUUACUUUUGCUUUACAAGCGUCAGCGCAAGAUGAAGUGGCUUGAGGUUAUGGACCUUGAUCGAGAUGUCUUGCCGGAGUUGAAGAAGAUGGCUAAGACGACGGGUGCGAUGUUUCAACAUACGAGGAAAUUGGCACUUUAUCCGGAGAAUCGAGAUACCCUAGCUUUGAGUGGGUUCUUUUUGGAGAAGUGUAGGGAGCAAUUGGAGGAACUGAUUGUGCAUUGCAAUUUCAGUGAUCUGGGCCGGCCGAGUGUGCCUGAUUCGAGGGAGCUGAACGAUUCCGCGACGGAGCCUGGUCUACUGAGCAGGACGGUCUUCUCCAGUCUCAUGCCUUUCGACACAUGCGAGCCGUUGAAGAACUUGACGAGUCUCCGACUGCAUCGCAUUAGUUUGAGGUACUGCGCGGAUACUUGGUGCAAGUUCAUCAACUUUCAACAGCUGGAGAAUCUAAGACUAUACCAUUGUGCUGGGGCCGACACAUUGUUAGGGCAGUUGAGCAAGUCGAGGAAUCUGCCAAAGACGCUGAAGGUACUGGAAUUACAACAUCGCGACAACACCGACAAUGAGGCUCUACUCGCCCUUGACGGCUUCCUCUGUCUCGUGUCUGGCCUUCGAGAUAUGGUCAUUGAUCUGGAUAACGUCAAGUCAUUACCUGCGGCAGCUGGAAUCGUGCGGCAUAGCAAGACGCUUGAACUGCUCAGCGUACAUUGCGCCACGGAGAACCACCCAGGCAACUCCAUGACGUCGGACUGCGAUAAUGAAGAGCUGGUGUGGUCAACAGAAGACUUUGACAAGAUUUGCCGAGCGUGCAAGGAUCUCGAACAGCUUUCCUGCGCUUGGCCUUCGACAAGUCUGAUUCGCAGCCCUGCACCGGACUGGAAGCGAUUCGAAUCGAGUGCGGCAGUGUUGAGGAAGAUGGUUACAUUGCACAUUACGACGUGGCCGAAUAACAAGCCUUCGACACAACUCUUGCCGAGGAUGGUGUACGAAAGUCUGCUUCAGAGUCUGGCACAGCGGAUGUUCGAGCUGGCGGCAGAUGGGAGAGACAAGGGCAUGCCGCCCGUCGUCGAAAGCAUCGAUUCAGAUGACGAAGACGACCUCCCAAUUGUGCCCUCUGGUAACACACCUUCGUCUCACUCCGACACCAACGCCACUCCCUCCUCACGCCUCCGCCUCAUCGCCUUCGGCGUCUCAGAUCGAAUCUACGAACGAGAAGAUUCAAAGAACCAGACCAUUUUCCUCAAGUCUUUCGCUGCAGAUGCGGAAGGCAAGCUUCGACCUCAUGCGGUUCCUGUCGGGUGGUGUUUGAGACAGUAUAUUGAGCCGAGGAGUGAGGUGUUGGAUUUUGUGCUGCAUCGGAGUUCGGAUCGCGAUGCGCAUCCGCCUGUGAGUGAUUAUCUGAGUGGAACGGGGAGGUUGAGACACACGACGGGGGGUUGGGGGGAUGAGAGAGAUGAUGAGGAUUAGCGAUUCUAUCCUCACGUGCAUUGGUGAAGGGCGUGGAGGGGACGGGUUGGGAGGGAUGUUACGAUAAGAUGGAAGGGAUGGAGAGAAGGUUUCAUUCAUUCAUGGGUGGGUUGAUGCAUGGUUGGAGGGGGCUUUAGAUGGUAAUGGGAUUGAGAUUGAG